AUCUUUCAAAAACCAUAAUAUAUUUUAAUCGUAUUGUAAAAAGUUUUGAUGUAAAUUUUUUAGGUUAGUUAUUUAAAAUUAAAUAGUUUAUUAAUUGAAGUGUGUUUAAACAGUUGUAAAGUGUUACUUAUAUACAACACGAUGUCACGUACAGGAACAAAACUGGAAGCAAAAAAAGUUAACUCUGAAUUAUUCACAUUAACUUAUGGAGCUCUCGUUGCACAAUUACUCAAAGAUUAUGAGAAUGUAGAAGAAGUUAAUAAACAAUUAGAUAGAAUGGGAUAUAAUAUGGGAAUUCGUUUGAUAGAAGAUUUCCUAGCACGUACUGGAUCUGGGCGGUGCUAUGAUUUUAGAGAUACGUCUGAAAAAAUUCAAACUGGAUUUAAAAUAUAUCUUGGAAUAACACCAACUAUUACAAACUGGAGUGCUGCUGGAGAUGAAUUUUCUUUGUACUUUGAAGCGAAUCCAUUAACCGAGUUUGUAGAGUUACCAGAUCAUUGUUUAAAUCUGAAAUAUUGUAAUAUAUUAACAGGUAUAUUAAGAGGUGCUUGCGAAAUGGUGCAAAUGGAAGUUGCAUGUUGGUUUGUUCAAGAUCAAUUGAAAAAUGAUACCAUUACUGAAUUACGUGUUAAAUUUAUUAAAAGAUUAGAGGAUGCAAUACCUGCCGGUGAAGACUAAAUUCUUAUUAAUGUUAUUAUGAUAUUAUUAUUAUUAUAAAUAAACUUUAUAUCAAAAUAUUCUUUUAUUGAAUAUUACUGUCAUAAUAGUAUUGAUGAUUUAAUACAAAUAUACAUAUUUAUGUGUAUGUAUAAAUAACAAAUUUAAAUACAUUAAUUUAUGAAUUAUAGAUAUAAAAUUUAGGAACCAAUAUUUUCAAUUCAAAGAUCUUAGUGCUCAUUUUUGUUUAAAAUAAACCUUAUGUCGCUUUUGUAAACUAUGUACAAUAAAAAAUAUAAAAUACAUAGAUCAUAUAUAUUUAUAUAAAUAUCUAUUAAGAUUCGAAAAUUGAUACAUUCUUAUAAUAGUAUUUAUAUCUACAAAAAAUCAUGUUUAUCGGACUGGUAACAUAACCUUUAAAAUGAAAAUGUAAAAGAACCAUAAUAGAUCAAUUUGAUCGUGCUUUCAUAACCUAAAAUAUUGGGAAUAGAUUUAUAAACAUAUGAAAUAUUAUUUUGGUUAAGGAUUUUUCCAAAUGAUCGAAAUUAAGUGUAAACAUUGUCGUAAAAAUCUGUUUCAAAAUGAAAGUUUUACAUUACUUUCAUCCCAUAACGAAGAUAUAAGUAAUAUUGAACAUACAGAAUGUGGUGGUGAUUUUAUUGAACAUUGUUUAUACAUGUCUAUGGAAAAUUUACCGACAUGGAUACAGAAAAUAAUAGAUCAAGUAAAAUCAAUUUUUCUUAUAUGCAUAAUAUUUUCAUACAAAACAAUAAUUAAUCAAUAUAUGUGUGUGUGUACACAUAUAUUAUUUAUUCAUAGGAUAAAUAUAAAUAAAUAUAAUAAUAUCUUUGUAGACAUCCUGGACGAAAGGAAGAUUAAAUUGCCCAUUUUGCAAUACUCGAUUAGGAUCAUUUAAUUUGGUAAUUGAUACUAAAUGUAAUUGUGGUACAUGCAUAAUGCCCCCUAUUAGAUUAAUUCGUAGCAAAUUAGAUGUAAUAAAUGAUAAUGAUAACA